GCUGUUUAUUUUCAUGUUUAUACACUCCAACUUGACAUUGACGAUAUAGCGGGGACGCUGCCUCUCCUCCAGCCUCCCAUCCACCCUCUGCACAGUCACGAAGUGAGGCUGCUUCACGGUCGCGUUGCGUGUGUCUGACCCUCCACCAUGGUAGUCCAGUCACCCGCCUGCUGACGGCUGAUCUCCGUCCAUGGCGUCUUUAAUCUAAACGAUUCAUUCGUCCUCCGGUCCGAUCGCGACACAAGCAUCCCGUCCUGCGUUCAUCAUGCUGCAGAUCGGAGAUGAGGUGGUGUGUUUCUCGUCGGUCUUUCUGCUGGUGAUGUUGGGGACGAGGAGCGCCACGGGGGCCUCCCUCCUCACCGCAUUCCUCUACGUCUUCAUGGUGAUGUUCCGGUUUUCUCCGGUGCCGGUGGAGCAGGCCGGCCGCGUCCUUCGGCCCAGGACUCCGUCAGGCGGCGUCCCGGUGGUGGCGCACCGCGGAGGUAGCCACGACGCUCCCGAGAACACCUUGGCAGCGAUCAGAGAGGCCAGUAGGAAUGGGGCAAAUGGAGUGGAGCUGGACCUGAGUUUCACAGCUGAUGGAGUGCCCGUACUGAUGCACGAUGAGACGCUGGACCGCACCACCAACGGCUCAGGACCAGUCGGCAAGAUGCAGUUUGUCCAUCUUAGAAGACUGGAUGCUUCUGUUCGUCACAGGCUGAAGGACAAAUUCAGUGGAGAGAAGGUCCCGUCUCUGCAGGAGGCAGUGGAGGAAUGCAUCAGACUCCAGCUGACCAUCUUCUUUGACGUCAAAGGGCAGCCUGAUAAGGCUGCUUUUGUGCUUCAUGAGAUAUACAAGAAGUUCCCUGUCCUUUACAACUCCAGCAUUGUCUCCUCCUUUGAACCCAAAGUCAUUUACAAGAUGCGUCAGACUGACCCCAACGUGGUCACGGCUCUCAAACACAGGCCGUGGAGACUGAGCCGCUUCAGCGAUGGCACUCCUCGGACCCUGUCGACAUGGGGUCAGAUGUGGACGGGGGUUCUGGAUGUCUUGCUGGACUGGGCCCACCACCACAUUCUGUGGAAGCUCUGUGGCGUAUCCGCCAUCCUUGUGCAUAAAGACUUUAUCUCGCUGGACUACAUUCAGUACUGGGCAGAGCGAGGCGUGGAGGUGUUGGGCUGGACCGUUAACACGGCUGUGGAGAAAGUCUACUACCAAAACCUGCUGAAGAUUGGCUACAUCACCGACAGUCUGCUGGAAGACUGUGAUUCUUAUGACUGAAUGAACACACACAGUUUUUACAGCUUCCUGAUGAACAAAUGGUGAGACGAAAGAUAAUUACUGCAGUUACCACAUUUCUCAGUUCCAUGUCCUUUCAAAGAACAUAAAAUCCUUAAAUACGUAGAUGAAGUUAAUUAGAAGGUAGAAGCUAGAACUUUGGUGCUAACUAAAUCUGUAGUGGCAAGCAAACAACCCAGGCGUCAUAGAAAAACUUAUUUAAGGUGAGAACACGUACACCUGUAGCUGGCAUACGGGUCAUUUUCCUUUAAAUCCAACACAUGACACCAUGAAGAUUCAGCUGUACACUUCAGGAUUCACAUCCUACUACCAGCAGCAAUACCUCCAGUUCUCCUGGACCAGGGAUUAGGAUUACACCACUUUCAAGAUCUUUUCUACCUUCUGCGCUGAUCUUUCUGAAGCUUUGAUGCACCUUCGAUGAGACAUCAGUGGCCGCAACGUUAGACACACGAGCAGCUUAUCAGUGCCUGCUAUUGUGACGUUUGUAGAAAAAUGGACGGAUCUCUUGUUAGCUUUCUCCAGUUUGACGUGAUGAUCAUAGAGGCGCCUGCCUUCUGUCAGUAAGUUAUACAAAUACACACACUCACACGAUACUAAUAAGAUAAGAUAUUAAUAUCUGCCUGCGUCCUCCAGACUCCAGAGGAGGGACAGUGAAUGCACCACUGAACCUGAGCAGGUGUUCAGGGUUUGUUAUUCGAGACCGAUUUCAAAUUUCUGUAACACAAUCUUUAUGAGUCAACAGAUAAGGACAACCGUGUUUGUGCACAUGGCUGUAGACAGAAGAAUUUAAUUAAAAAUACCACCCACCUAUGAAAAUAUUUGUAAAACCUGUAAUUUAUUCCAUUUAUUAACUUAAUUAAUUAAUGAACUUUUCAGUUAUAGUGUCUGAAAAGGUGAUCUACCUACAUAAUCGGAGGAAUAUAACUUACUAAUUCAUCAUUCGUCACCCUUCAUCUUAUUUUAAUGUAACUUAAUUAUUUUUGUCUGAACACAUGUAAAGAUGACUGACUAUGGAGAAGGACAGAAUCAGCUUUAAGAAGGUUAACUGAGAUUUGGGAAAAUGUCUCUUUUCUUUCAGUGUUAAGGAUAACAGGACCGACAGGGUCGUCAAUACGGGCUGAAAUAAAUCUUUACAAUGUAAAUCCAGUUUGCCAAACUGAUAUGAGUCAAUAUUAUCUUUUAAGUGAAAAUUGUAAGCUAAUAAAUUUUUUUAAGUAUUAGGAAAUGACAGUUUUCAGUUUGUUUAUGGCCACCAACUGGCUUUUGUGUGUGUGUGUGUGUUGUAUAAACAGAGACGUUGGGAUCAUAUGGGCCUCAUGCAGGCACAGACUGAAGACUCUCACUACAUAAAUUCUCAUUCAACACAGGCUGAACUCAUCCGAGGGACAUUUUAUUAGUUUAGGUUAGGUCACAUUAAACUAACAUUA